GCUACCCGGUUCAUCUUUUUACAAAAAUUGCUGAUGCACCACCGUUUGGGCUAUUGCUGGAUUUGCCCUGGCUGACACCAUUUCUAGCAUCAUCUCUCUCGUUCUGCCCUUAUCAAGCUCGCUUCAUCCACCAUCCCCUCAAACCCGAUCACAGCGAGUUUUCUGAAUCCACAAAAAUGUCAUCAAUCACUUCUCCGGGCCUUUCCUCGUCUUCUCUCACUCGCUCAUCCGCUGGAUUCCACCCCAAGUUCCCCUGCCGGCUGCCAUCUCCGCCCAGGCCCAACUCUGCUAAAUUUCACACCCCCAUCCGCACUCCGUCCUCUCGCAAGUCCCUCACCGUCGCUUCCGGCGCCACCUCUGCGCCAGAUUCUCCACAGCCAAAAGAGGGGGUUUAUACAGUUGGCGACUUCAUGACCAGAAAGGAAAAGUUACUCGUAGUGAAGCCAUCCACAUCUGUAGAUGAAGCACUAGACGCUCUUGUAGAAAACAGAAUUACUGGUUUUCCUGUGAUAGAUGAUGAGUGGAAGCUGGUGGGUGUUGUUUCUGAUUAUGACUUAUUGGCACUGGAUUCUGUAUCAGGCUUGAGCUGUUCUCCAUCUGGAAGAGCAGAUGCAGGCAUGUUCCCAGAAGUUGAUAGCAGUUGGAAAACAUUCAAUGAAGUACAAAUGUUGCUUAGCAAAACCAAUGGGAAAGUAGUUGGUGACUUGAUGACACCUGCUCCAUUAGUGGUGCGUGAAUCCACUAAUCUAGAGGAUGCAGCAAGGUUACUGUUGAAAACAAAAUAUCGCAGACUUCCUGUUGUAGAUUCUGACGGUAAGCUGGUUGGAAUUCUCACCAGAGGAAAUGUCGUACGAGCUGCUCUUAAAAUAAAACGGUCAACGGAAAUGCAGAUCUAAAAUCAUGCAAGAAAAUUCAGCUUCCAAAGCCUGUAAGUACAGUGAUACAUCAAAGCAUGAACCCUACAUUUCUAAAUUAUAACUGCAAAGUCAUGCGGAUUAGCUUAUAUGUAGGGACCUCGCUGAAAUUGUGUUUAUAAUAACAAUAUUAUCUGUGAUUUAGCUCAAAUGCUAGGAUUGAUUGGGUUUGGCUGGUUGAUUAUCUAGUUGAGCCUGUUUUUUCCUAGAUUUGUUUCAAAAUUAUUCGAGUUUAUUUCGAGUCUUGUCGUAAUUCUCUGAGAUUGG